GUUGGACCUCCGGAUAUGGUGGGGGAAGCCAUCUCGAAGAAGAUCAACAGGAGGCACCCCCGCGAAUUGUCAUUUGCAACCGGACUCUCAUCCGAAGAGGUGCAAGAAACAUCCGUCGAACCGGCCAUCCGACCAAGAGGCAAGAACCAGGAUGGGCCAUUAUGCAUGCGUGAUCGUCUUCUUUGCGGUAUGCGCGCUUUGGACAUUCGGAGAAACCUUGUCCUGCGACCAAUGCGGCCGAGAAUGCGUGAACAGCUGCGGGACUCGCCAGUUUCGAGCUUGCUGCUUUAACAAUCUGAAAAAGAGGGUGCCCGAUCUUGGGCUUAAACUUUGGGUGGCACCUCGGAGAUACACAAGGCACCUACACCUCGUUUACGAUGCAUAACUUCGAUCCCGUUCCGCAAAGACUAUCUGCAAGACAAUGAGCGACCGGUCAUCCAUAAAAAGACUUCAACCACCAAAUUCGUGAUACUACCGAACUGCUCG